AGGUAUAAGUGUCACUUAUGUGUUAACGAAAUUUGAUGUGGCCAAAGUUGAGUUUUGUCGAAGAUUUUAGUUGGCCAUGAUGAUUUGACGGACUAUACUGGGCGCAAAAGACGUAUCUACUGUUUUAAAUGAGCCCGUCAAGUCGUCUGCUAAACAGUGUUUCCCAAAUCAGGCCGGAUCCUCUCGUGUGGUUCGACCUUUAUCUAAUUAGCUCUCCGGCGUCCUUAAUGUUGAGAAAUUCGACAAUUAGCCGGGAAACAUUUGGUCAUGUUUACAUUCGUAAAAACUCCGCGCUUGGGAGUCUUAAUCCAAGCGCGAAACUUUGUUUCAAAACUACGUCAGCUUCGUAUCCAGCUUGGAUGUAACCGUAUUAUUCGCCAAUUCAGUCAAUUCCCGGUUACGCCUGCCGUAAGCUCGAUUGUACAACAGCGCAAAGUCUUAAUAAGAGUUCGUGUGUAUGCUUUAGAACAAAUAGUUGUGUAUCGGCUUAAUUAAGAUAUUUUAGGUGACCACGUGAUCCGUGAAGUGUUUUCUGUUUGUUCUUAGGGUGGUAGUUAGGUUGCUAAGUGACAAUGGAGGUGCUUAUUGAGGAAUUAUAUUUGGUGGGCGGCAUGUCGCGGCCUCCGAAGCCGGCGGCCACCGCUAAGAAAGUCGCUCCUCCAGCAGUGCCACACGAGUUUCGACACUCGGGAAGCUCCUUCGGAUCUGCAGGAUACGCAUCUUCGGAGGAUGCCGGCUUCUUAGCCCCCUCAGAAACACCUGGUGUGCCUAGAGAUGACCAUUCCGAUUAUGGAAGUACCGUCAGCGGAAGUACGGGAAAAUCUCCGGGGCCUAUAUUUCCGGCACCUCAAUUCACAUUUCCAGGACAGCCACCUCCUGGAACUGUACUUACCCACAAAGCGGCUGUGUACUACCACCAUCAGUAUAGUCUACAAGAAGAUCAGGGUAUCGACAUGACACAGUCACCUGGUCGGGAUAGUCCGGGUUCUUCCAGCGGAAGCGCAGGUUCCGGUUCCCGCCACAGCACUGCUUCCUUGGACAGCGGUAGAGCGUCCUACCAUCCCCUCAGCACAGCUGGAAGAAGCACCAUAGGAUCUUCUAAUAGUCCCAGAUGCUCCCUCAGCUCGUGUUCGAUAGGUUCCGACCAAGGAAGGAUAGAACGUAUGAUAGGACAAGGCGUACCGGAUCAUGAUAUAAUCCACGCCUGGUUGGUGGAUCUACAGUUCGAAGAUUAUUUUUCACUUUUCAUUUUGGCUGGUUAUGAUCUUCCGACAAUAGGAAGAAUGACGCCAGAAGACCUAACAGCAAUAGGAAUCAAGAAUCCAAUACAUAGGAAGCGACUCAAAGCGGAAAUAGCGAAAUUGAGUUUACCAGAUAAUCUACCAGAAUUUAUACCGGGUUCCCUAGAAGAAUGGCUCCACCUCUUACGACUAGACGAAUACAUGCCUGCCUUCAUCCAGCAGGGUUACCAAACCGUAGAACACGUGACAGAGUUGGCAUGGGAAGACCUAGAGGAGUUCGGCAUUGUCAAACUAGGCCACCAGAAGAAAAUAAUGCUGGCGAUUAAGAGGAUUAAAGAUAUUAAGGCUGGAAAACGCAUAGGAAACGAUCGGAUUUGCACGACACAAGACGUACUGGUGCACGCACCCCUGGGACCACCCUCGCCCACAGGCCUGGCCCCCACAGUACACAGCACCUUCCAUUCCUUCCACCAGCCCUGGGAGUUGGACCAGACGAGGCAGCUGACCGCGUCCGCCACUGGCACCCCCCAACACUAUAUGCCGUUGUACCGCACCGAUAUAGUGCCGAUAAAGAUCCGAACAGGACGCGGCAAGUCGCUGGAAUCGUUAGAAGAUCCCAACGAGAGAACGCACCACACCUUCACCUCCGAGAACACCCAGACGUUCUACUACCAACAGCCCAUCGGUUGGCGACCCUGGUCCUACGACGACGGCGACAUAACGCCAACAAACGAAUCCGUGAUCCUCUACGAGGGUGGCGGCACCUUGCCCCGCCCCAGGGGCGUGAUCAAACCAAGACCCGUGGCCAAGAUAGCGGCCAAGGCCAGGGAGACCUUUCCGGACUUCGAGAAGCCGCAGUUCACCACGGAAAAGUACGCCAACCCCCAAUACAAGACGCUGCCCAGGGAGAUAAUGGACCCGGGGAAAUACCACAUGCAGUACAGCCCCAUGAUGGGCAAGAAGAUACCGCCGCACCCGCCGAAACGUCAGGAUUCGGAGUGUUCGCACCCCGAGACCACCACCGUGGAGAUCCACCACGUCCAGACUUCUAGUCCGUUGCCGCUCCCGGCCUAUCCUAGUUCAGACAGCCUCAGCAUAUCGCUGGACAACCAGGGAGACCUUCCCUUACCGCCGCCCCCAGCUCCGGGCACGCCACCAGGAAGCGCGCACUCGAAGUUGAACUCCUCGCAAAGCUGGAGCGCUGAGGAGCAGGAGCUGAUCAAGUCGCUGGCGUUGCAGCACAGAAACGGUUCCGAUGCAAGUUUUAAGUCGAGUUCCAGUACAGAAUCAGAUUCGCUGCCUUUCGCCAACGAGAACGCCGGUACAAUCAGGACAAGAGCAAGCGGCAGACCAGUAGAAUACUCCCCUGCGAAGCCCAGGACAUCAUUGCCCCCUCAUCCGUCCCCCACCCCAAACAGACAACAGGUCAUAGCAAGAAACAAUCCGAGAUCGGAACCAGCGGACGUUCUGAACGACAUCGGAAACAUGCUGGCCAACCUGACGGACGAACUAGAUGCCAUGUUAGAAGAGGAGAAGAGACAGCAGUAACAGUGAAAGUUAUAAGACUGAAUGUCCACUAUCUUCAAAUGUAUAAAGGGUAAGAGAGUUCUCGUGUCAAUCCCUAAUUUAGGAAACUGUAGGGACCACUCACACAGAUUUAUUUUUCUCUCUUUCGUCUAUAACUAUAAUUGAAAGUUCCGUUGAUUGAUUGAACCACAGAACUCAGAUCUUUGACAUAAGAAGUCUUCAACCUAACCUAAAAAAGUUUUCUUGUUAUUUUCGUUCUGAGCACGAAUAUUUUUCUUAAAUUUUUGGAUUUUCAUCCAGAUGGAAAAUGCUGCGAAAGGAAACCUUACCCUUUAAACAGUUGUGAUAUUUUUGUAUGAGAUAGGGCUUAGUGACACCUUAAGUAGAUUAUCGUUCAUUUCCUGUAAAUAUUUUGAGAAUUUUUUAUAGAAUUUUGUAAAUAUUUUUAGAUAGGGGUUUUGAAUUAUUACAUUGUAAAAAUUGUAAAUUUAAUUUGGUUAUAUAUCUUGUUUAAGUUAUGUAGCUAUAACGUUGACAUCGGUGUUUGCGAUCAAGCUUGAAUCAAUGAUUCAACAUAAGAGUUAAUUUGAUACAUUAUCUUUAUAUUUAAGCACCACAGUUGAAUGUGUAUUUUCGAUACUGCUUGAAAUUUUUAAAGGGGUACGUGAUAAAAUAUCUCAUUUGUCUUUAAUAUUUCGGGAUAUAAUGUGAAUUAUCGGAAAUGAAAUUCGGGGAAUAACAUUAAGUUGUAGUUCAUUUAUCCAAUGUUAUUGGAAUUUUCUUUUAUUUUCUCUUUUUCUGUGAAAAAUACUUUUGAGACCAAAUUCCAAAAUUUUAGAAAGUUGAUAGUUGCCAGUGUUGCCACCGUUAUUCGUCGAUGUCAACGUGCAUAUUAUUCCUAUAAAUGGCGCUAGAUGGAUUCUCCUAAUUUCGGUUAUAAUUUGAUCUCGGUGUGUUUUUCAUUUCUCCUGUGGAUAUACUUUUCAGCAUAUAAUUUGAAUAUAAUGUGGGGAAUGUCGGAGUAAAAUGACUUUUAUAUAAAACAAAUGAAUAUCAGUAGUGACUUUGAACACUAUAGAUCUUGUACUGAAGAGUAGAACAUAGAGAAAAUGUUCUGUAUUUAUAUUUUGAGGCCAUCGUUCGAGUAGUUGGCAUGGAUAGAGAAGUUUCUGUAUACCUAAUUUAGAUGUUGACUGUUCAAGUUGGUUCUACCCUUAGUGUACUAAACGGGAGCACGGGGUGAUUCAAAAAAAAAAUUCUAUUUCUAUGAACUCGACAACAAUGAAUCACCUCUUAUGUUUCUAUUCUUGUAUACCCACUUCCAAAACUCAAAUUCCCAUUUGUUGGAAUCCUAACCUAUAAGAAAAAUACAGCUUAAAUUUCUCGAAUAAGUUUCAUGAAUCGAUAUUUUCGAUGUUCCUAUCAAAAGAAUAAUCAAAUUCAACACUACCCUGUUUCCUGAAUAGCCUCAGCUCAAGAACAACCAACCAGCCUUCAUAAUGGAAAUCAUUCAAACGCCUAUCCAAUUGGUCUACGAUAUGUGCCAUACUUCCUUAAGAGCCUAUGUAUUUAAUUUCGAAACCAGUACAUGUAUCAAAAUAUUAUGGUUAUAUUUGUGUUGAAACUACUUGAUGGCAUAACGUUAUACGUCUCUUUUCCUGUAAUAAAUGUUGAUAAGAUUUUACUUAACAUAGAUUUUUAUUAUUAUAAAUUAUUUUAAUGGUCCAUAAUUAAUUACAAAUUUUGUAUUUGCAAUUCUAUUAUAUUUCUUUAUGUAUUGUUUAAUUGUUAACAAUGAAUAUAUAGAUCAAUAAACAAAUAUACACUCAAGAAUUCUUU